AUGGAGGACUUGAACUGGCGGAAACAACAGUUACACCGACUGCUAUCAAAGAGAAACAAGAUGAUGCGGCAUAAGAAGACAAGAGGCUUGGUUCUUCAAGGCUUGGACAUGGUUAAUCAACACAUUCAAUCUCUCCAGCACUCUCUUGCAGAAAUAGAGAUCUUGAAGGCAGGAAAAUUUUGGCGGGAACAUGGUGAGAAAUCUCCAGGCUUCCUGAAGCGCUCUAUGGUGUCUCGAGAAAAUCGUCGUUCAAUUGUGGAACUCAGGAACCUUACGACUGGCGAUCUAUGCCAAGAUCAACCUAGCAUCUCCAACAUUGCUACCAACUUUUACACCUCACUUUUCACACCGGAGGCUCUGGAUUCAACAGCCCUCAGUGUUAUAAUUCGCAACAUCCCAGGUCAUUUGAAGCUCAACAGCGAUCAGCAGGAAUCAUUGAUGAUGCCGAUUGAUGUGGAGGAACUCUUGACCGAUAGCAAACAGACGCGUCGUUUGAGUAGUCCUGGACCUGAUGGAUUACCUUAUGAAAUCCUGUACUUGGUAAUGAAAUUUCCACCGUUCCAUGAUCUCAUCCAAUUAGUCUACAAUGAAGCUUUAAAGAAGGGUAAGUCCCCGCCAUCUUGGAACGAAUCCGUCAUGUGUCUGCUUUACAAGAAAGGCGAUCCAACUGACAUGAAGAACUACCGCCCUCUGUCUUUGGCUAAUUCGGAUUACAAGCUCUUCACUCGCAAUGUUAACCGUCGAAUCAUGGAAGUCUCUUCCAACUUGAUCAGCCGACAACAGCUUGGUUUCAUUCCUGGUCGAUUCAUUGCUGAAAAUGGAAUGAUCUGCCAGCUGCUAAUGGAAGAUGCACAACGUAAAUGGUCUAUUGCUGAACAACAGGAAAAUAAUCCUACCUUUAGCACCUUGGAUUCUGACAUUGGUCUUCUUCUGGACCAAGAAAAGGCAUACGAUCGGGUGAAUUUGGAAUAUUUGACGAAGGUAUUGAGGAAAUUUGGGUUUCCUCGCCCUCUGAUCAAGUGUAUCUCCAAGUUGAUGGGUGACAACCUCAUACGUAUCAACAUCAAUGGUCAUUUGUCAACUGAAGUGGCGAAACUUCGUGGCUUAAAGCAGGGAGGAUCCUCUCUCUCCUGUACUGUACAACUUGGCAUUUGA